GGGAGACUUGGGUUCCUUACGAGAGGAGCGGUUGUGGUGCGUAGGUCGACCGCGUAGCGUCUCCUAGAAUAAAUCUGCCCUAUCUUGGGGAAGAGAGAGAUGCCUGCUUGGAAACAAACUGGGAAAAGCGAAAAAAUGUUGGGGAGCAAUGGGAAAUAAGAGAGCUUGAGUUCCUUUUGACUUGCCAUUCUCAGCUUCCUCAUGCCUCCAUCUCCACUAGACGACAGGGUAGUAGUGGCACUCUCCAGGCCCGUCCGACCUCAGGAUCUCAACCUUUGCUUAGAUUCCAGCUAUCUGGAUUCUGCCUCUUCUGCCAGCGAGAGCCACGUGAGUCUCAUCAGCACAGCUGUUGUGUCCCUCAAGGCUGCGAAUCUGACGUAUAUGCCCUCAUCCAACGGCUCUGCUCGCUCCUUGAGUUGUGGAUGCAGCAGUGCCAGUUGCUGCACUGUGGCAACAUACGACAAAGACAAUCAGGCCCAGACUCAAGCCAGCACCAGCAGCACUUCUGCCAACGUAGGAACCUCGACCACGUGCCCUGCUAACCAAAUGGUCAACAACAAUGAGAACUCUGGCCCGUUGAGUCCCUCCAGCGGUGUGGGGAGCCCGCUCUCAGGCCCAACCAAGCCGUUGCCUAGUGUCAAAAUCAUCUAUCCCAAUGAACUGGCAAAGAAGAUGACCAAAUGCAGCAAGAGCCACCAAGGGCCGGUCAUCAUCGAUUGCCGGCCCUUCAUGGAAUACAACAAGAGCCACAUCCAAGGAGCUGUCCACAUCAAUUGCUCUGACAAGAUCAGCCGGCGAAGACUUCAGCAAGGCAAGAUUACCGUCUUGGACUUGAUCUCUUGCCGGGAAGGCAAGGACUCCUUCAAGAGGAUCUUUUCCAAAGAAAUAGUUGUUUAUGACGAGAAUACCAAUGAGCCAAGCAGAGUCAUACCUUCGCAGCCAUUGCACAUAGUGCUGGAGUCUCUCAGGCGAGAAGGCAAGGAGCCACUGGUUCUCAAAGGUGGACUCAGCAGUUUUAAACAGAACCACGAAAACCUCUGUGACAACUCCCUCCAACUCCAAGAGUGCCCCGAAAGUGGAGGAGGGGGCGGUGCUGCUGCCGCGGUAACCUGCACGCUACCUCAGUCCAUCCCGACCACCCCAGACAUUGAGAACGCCGAGCUCACGCCCAUCUUGCCCUUCUUGUUUCUUGGCAAUGAGCACGACGCUCAGGACUUGGAGAAGAUGCAGCGGCUGAACAUCGGCUACGUCAUCAACGUCACCACUCACCUCCCUCUUUACCAUUACGAGAAAGGCUUGCUCAAUUACAAGCGGCUGCCGGCCACAGACAGCAACAAGCAGAAUCUCAGGCAGUACUUUGAAGAGGCUUUUGAAUUCAUUGAGGAAGCUCACCAGUGUGGAAAAGGCCUCCUCAUCCACUGCCAGGCCGGUGUGUCCCGCUCUGCCACCAUUGUCAUCGCUUACCUUAUGAAGCACACACGGAUGACCAUGACUGAUGCCUAUAAGUUUGUCAAAGGCAAGCGACCAAUCAUUUCUCCUAAUCUUAAUUUUAUGGGGCAGUUAUUGGAGUUCGAGGAAGAUCUAAACAAUGGAGUCACGCCGCGAAUUCUCACGCCAAAGCUGAUUGGGGUAGAGACUGUCGUGUGAUGGCAAAGAAGCAUGUGACUAAAGAGAGAUUUUUGUAUUCUUCACUUGACAUGGACUUGGAAGGCUUGGAUUUACCCCGUUUUUCUUUUCUUUUUAGCUUUAUUGAGGAGGGUUUAUUAUAAGACAAAACUUUGGACAGGAACCUUUUUGAAGAAAAGGUUUUAAAAAUACAAGGACUUCACAAAUGUUGGGCAAGAUAGCUUUGCAAGUCCCUUCUUGAAAAGAGGAUGAUUGGGGGGAUGCUUUGAAGAAACCAGUUUUUAAAGUCUCCUUGCGUGUAAGAGAGAAACUGGACACUAUAUAAUUUUUUCUUCCCUUUUUGGUUAUUCAGCUACUUGUAGAGAUUAUGACUAAGUAGUCUGUGCAGGUUCAUAGACCGAAGACAGCUAUGUUUUUUUUCCCAAAAUAAAAUACAACCAGCCAAAAUAAAAAAGCGAAAAGACAACUAAAACCCACGGGCGGCCUUGAGUUUGCAAAGGCUUUGCUAAAGAAACCCUAAGCAAAAUGCUUGCUGGUGCAAAGAAGAUCAGAGCAGCUUAAAACUAUCUGCAAAUCCCUUCUCACCCUCUUGACUAGAGAAAAUCUUUUUAUUUGCUGUGUUUCAUCUUCUGGUACUAUUUUUCUAUUUGGGGGUUGGGGGUAGGCUAACACCAAGGGACUUGACCAUUUUACGCCAUAUGCCUUUACUGGCUUCUUGUGCAAUAAUAGUUUUGAGUGAUGGAAAGAGUACUUUAUUUUGAGUGUUCAAACCAGUUACAGCUGGCUGCCCAUUAAUAAUAUUAAUAAUAUUUUUAAAUAGCAUAAAGGUGGCUGGCUUGAUUUAGAAGAAGGUAUAAAACAACAAAAAGCAAUUAUUUUUUUCCCUUUUCCGAUUCUGGUUAUAGUGCCAUACACCUUGUUACAUAUGUAUAUCAGAAUGUACAAAGAUCAAGAACAAGCAAAGUUUAUUUAAAAUAUUUUUUCGCACAAAAUACUGGUGUGUUUUUCUGUUCAUGUACAAAGUUUGAUUAUAAAAAUGAAAACUGUUUUAGAAAUUGUGAGUGUGUGCGUGUGUCUCCUUUCCCUUAUUUCUUUCGUGAACGCUCCUAUGUAGUUAGCUUUCCACUUGCAAUAAGCAGCAGGGCAUUGCGCAGUGGUGGGAGGGCAGAUUGUGGCACAGGGGGGGGGGAGUACUUGCCAUGCAGAUGUUCCAUGUGGCUCCUAUCUCAUCUAGAUGCAUGUAACUUUGGCCUUGGUCCAGUGAAACUGUGGUUUGUUGGACAAAGAAUGAGCAUGGUGCCCACACACUUCCUUCUCCCUUUCUCUCAGGGACAGGGAACCUGUGAUCCUCCCAAUGUUGUUCAGAGUCCAACUCUCGCCAGCUUGGCCCAAUGGUCAAGAGUGAUGGGCAGUGGAGCUGGCAACAUCUGGAGGACCACAAAUUCCCCAACCCUACCUUCUGGGGUUUCUUAAAGGACAGUUUCUCAGACUUAAUAGGAAAUGGCAGGGUUUUGUUUUUUUAAAAAAGUCCUAGAUGCACAACAGAAAGGGAAGAGGAUGGAUGUUAAUACAACUCUUGUUUUCAGUCUGAUAAACCGUGGUUUAUUCAGACCAAGUUAAUCUUGUCUGAAAGGGGCCUGGGCAACAAGUUGAUCUGCAUGUAGCAUUGGCAUACCCCAAGCAUAUCCACCUGGGCCAGACUGCACAUGUGUGUCCAGAUGCUCAUACGAGCAUUUUAACUAGAUGGCAGCUACAGGGCACACUGGUGAAUGCUGCUUUCGUGGCUCCCAUGCAGUCUUAAGCAGGCCUUGAGUACUCAUUUUGGGUCAAUUUUAUAUUGCUCCCAUUCUCCUUUUUCACUGCAGGUUUAUUCUGCAAGCUGCCAACUCCACCAUUUCCCAGGGAGCUGCUAUUUUUGUGAUGAGUAUAUGUGGAGCAAGGGUUGAUUAGAUAGCUAGGUAGGGAAAAUAUUGAUUAUUGUAGGCUACAUCCACCUAGGGUUUUUAGCUAGUGGUUUUUAACACAUCUCUAACACUUGCCAAGCACAUGCACAGAUCCCUAGUUGCCCGCAUACCUGAAGGGAGAAUUUCAAAGCAUAUAGUCCAUAUGCUUGAAUGUUGAAGGCAUACUUUCUGGAAGAGACAUAGACGCAUAGCUGCCAAGUCUCCCGUAUUCCCCGGGAAACCCCCGUUUUUCCAGCUGCCCCCAGCCGAAAAAAACAGAUUUUAUUCUGGUGCGGUGGCCAUUUUGGAACUGGACGGAGCAUGCGCAGAAGCAACUUUUGAUGCUGCUUUACCCAGUUCCAAAAUGGCUUCUGGUGCGGCGGCCAUUUUGGAACAGGGCAGAGCAGCAUCAAAAGUCGCUUCUGAGCAUGCUCCGCCCAGUUCCAAAAUGGCGGCAGCGCUACUUCCGGUCUGCUACUUCUGGUCCAGUCCCUUAUUUCUUAGGCCGGAACUUGGCAGGUAUGCAUAGACGUAACUGGUGGUUGAAGACUUGCUUUCUUCUUGUCUUCUCCAGUUCCCCUCAGCAAUGUAUCACAGCUUCUAUAGCCUACAUAUAGUAGGGGGCAUUUAAAAUGAGAGUUGUCAUAGCUUCCUCUUUUUUGCUCUUCAAAAUAUGGCAACCCUAGGAGGUAGCCAUGCCUCCAUUUUAAGUAUUAAGAGAUGAAUCAGUAACACGAGAAGGGACUAUGGAGAUUUCCUCUCGGUCAGCAGCCUGCUAACCAAUUACCGUUUUGCACCACUUGGAGCAUUUUCCACAUUAGAAAAAAAAAAACAACCAUGAUUCAAUUGCAUUUGCUAGAAUUU